GUCACUACGUAUACGUACGUUGCCUCGCAUAUCAUGUUUUCACAUCGUGGUGUUACAUCAUAAGAAUGUGAAUAUUUGAUAGUUGACAGGUGUAGAGAUCUGUCCCGUGGCAACACCUGACUCCAGAGUCCAUGCUGAUUCCACUGGAUCUAGUCUUCCCCCAGCCCUCCGAGACAAUGGUAUUUACAACUCAGGUUCAGGUAUCCCCUUCCAAGCAAUCGCCCAGCAUCUGAAACACGGGAAACUUCAACAAGAAAAUGGAUGACUUGGGAUAUGAUGAGGAUAACGAUGUCGAUGUCAGUGACAUGUUGGAGCUGCAACUCUCAGAGGUAGAAAUGCUCACUAGUAUGUUCCCCAGCAAAGAAGAAUUCAAAAUGGAUGACCCCUGCACUGUGGCAGCCAUCAGGAGUUUUCUGGAUGGCAAAAUGCUGUACGAGUACUUACACAAAAGAGUGGGCUUCUCCAUUAAUGUGACAUCAGUGUCUUCAGACAGUAAGGUUGGCGUGGAGCUGGUCUGUAACUUCCCACAUGAGUACCCACAUGUAGCACCCGUUGUGUUCACAAGGUCUCCACUCAUGAACCGUGAAAACCACCAGCGAUUGAAUGAGGAUUUAAGUGAAUUUAUAAACAGCAUUGAGCGUGGUGAAAUCUGUAUUUUCUCGGUGAUAGAAUGGCUACAAGAGAAUGUAGACCAAUAUCUAGUGACUAUCGAGAAGAAGGAUGCUCCAUCAGUCAAAGAGGUGGACACGAUAUUUGCAAGACUUUGGAUAUAUAGCCACCAUAUCUAUAGCAAAUUCAAACGCAGGGACAUCAUUGACUGGGCACAGGAACUCAAACUGACUGGCUUCAGUCUGCCAGGGAAGCCGGGUGUCAUCUGUGUAGAGGGAUAUAGCAGAAGUGUUGAGGAAUACUGGCAGCGACUACGACGACAAAACUGGAAACGCUUAGUGAUUAAGGAAAAAGAGGACCAGGAUAUUGGAGACAAUGAUAUCAAGAAAUAUUAUAAAUUUGAUAAUUUUGAAGAAAAAGUGUUUGAUGCCCGCGGUGGUAAAGGGAGAGAGUAUCACAUGGACUUGGGAAAGUUGUUUGAGUUCCUGGAAAAACGAGGCUGUAAGCAUAUCUUUAGUCUUUAUUUUGGAGUAGAUGGGAAAAUGGCAGCAGAUUGAAAUAAUAUAUGUAAACAAUAAUUUGAUAUAAAUUUGUUCUAUCAAUUGAUUCUGUUUAUUGUAUUAUUACAUAAUCUUUUACAGGU